UUUGCCUCUUGUGCGAGUGAUCUCUCUAAAAGCUAUUUUUCCCUUUUACGGAUCGUUAUUCUCGUAUGAUCAACAUAUUAGAUUUCUCUUCGAAUUUUGGUGCGAAGUAAUCUGAUAGAAUGAACAACUGUCAGAGUUUUAGCAGCAAUUACCAUCCAUCAAGCCAAUCUAGAAAGAUUUCAAUUGGAAUUACAGCGGACUCAUUAGCCAAGAAAAAACCCGCAGCUGCAAAGGAAGGCGAGACCGCAGUUCUGAAGGCUGAUAAUAUAAAUCCUUACAAAGAAAUUUCCACAGCAGCAAACAAAACGAGUGAGGGUGCCAAAACUGCCGCUGCAGAGAAACAAACUAAAGCUAAAGGGCAGGUGAACUACCCAUGGAUAACCACUCGAUCCUUGGACCAAAAUGGUACAACUUCAGAGACGCCCAAGUGCAGAAAACAAGGUUCCACUAGACCAACUACUGGUGGGAGGCAGAAAAAGAUCAACGGACUAAAGGAUGCACAAAUGAUACAUUCGAUUCAGUUUUUUCCCAACAAGUCCUUUAUUUUACAGUCCGGAGAGAGUAAUCGAAAUAUAUUUGACGGCAUGACCUACAAAAGGAAAGGAAGGAAGAAUAUAAACUCAAAGUGCGCGGAAGAAUUCACAUUUGCUGCUACACAAGAAGUUCUCGCAUCAGAUGAAGCAGUAAAGGCAGAUAAAACAGAGAAUCCGGAUAAUGGUCCAACUGAAACUUUGAGAAUGAAGCUUUGGCAGAUAUUGGGAACUGCUUCUUCACCCAAAAGUCAGUGCUUUAAUCCUCAGGCUGCUGAGGUAGUUGCUGAUAGGCUUAAGCUAGAAAAAGCUGUUGAUCAAAUUGGUGAGGCUGCCAUCAGACCCAGACAGAAUUCAGAUACUAUAGAAACCGACUCUGAAAGUCCUAAUCAACCGACAAGCAGGCCAUUAACUUGGUCUUUGACAGGAAAGAAAUGCAAAGUGCGAAAAACUAAAACUAAAAUUAGUCCAUCCUCUAGCUACAAACAGAAAUAUCAAAAGAAGAAUAUCUUCUCGUUCGAAGAAGGAUGGUCUGCAAAAUUGGAUGGUGCUACUCACUUUGGCUCCUCAAUGUCGACAAGAAAGAGAAGUCACUUAAAAGGUUCCAGCAUUAAGCCACGUAAGAUCAGCUUUUCGAGAAAGGAUAACGCAGAUGAGCCUCAGCAAGCUAGCUAUAGCACUGAGUUACCGUGUGCUGAGAAAACAUCACUCAAUAACAAAGUGGAAAAUUUUCAUGGUUGUAUGCCUGAGGAUGGGGAAGAUUGUGGUAAAUCAAAGAAUGCAGUCCCAGCAAGUGAUUUUCAUGAAUCACCAAAGAAUGUAGUCCCAGCAGCAGUCUUUCAUGAAUCACCAAAGAAUGCAAUCCCCGCAGAAGUCUUUCAUGAAUCACCACAGCCAAAAAAGAUGAGUCAGAAGGGAGAUUUUGACAACCCUGCUUUAACAGAAAAUUUGGACCAGCCAGAAGACUCUGGAAAAUCUUCUUCUAAGAAUGUUGUUGACCCACAAAAUGAGAUCCAAAGUCCAACAACUGCAUUUAAAACCCCUAUCACAAGCCCUUUACCUUGGUCCACGCCAAGAACAGAAAAAAUGGAGAAGGAUAUUUGCAGUCCUGCACUGGAAGAGAGAAGAUAUAAUACGGGAAGCAUUCGUAGCUUCAGGACUUUAAGAUUUUCAAAAUCAGAUUGUUCUGGAUCAUACGCAGAAACAGAGUCACCUGAUGAUGCUAAGAAACUUAAAGACUCUCCACCCAGAAAAACAUCCCAAGUGAAGGGAAAAUAUGAUUCAGAAAAUGGCCAGGCUGAAUUUCCAUCUGAUGGUGCAGAAGAUGACCUGGUUGGGUGUUCAUCUGAAGAUGAGGAUCUUGGGAAUUUUAGAGAAGGUCACAAAGAGAACUCUCCAGAAACUGGCACUGCUGAGAAAUCAAACUUCAUGCAUUGUCCAACGAAAAGGCUCUGUGGCCAUGGAGGCAUUAGUGUUGAUGAAUUCAGUGCCCCACUGCCCUCUCCAAAAGGGAUAGGAGAGACUGAAUGGUUUCAGGACACCCCAGAACAGAAUCAAGUGGAUGACUUGGCUAGGGCUGUUGCAUUAUUUGCGUUUGCUUUAGACAACUUUAGAAGGAAAAUGGAUUCAGAGACUAGAAAGAAGUCCUCUGAAAUUUUAACUUCCAUUUCUGAGGGCAUAUACUUGCAACUGCAGGAUGUUGAAUCUGAGAUCCAUACAGAUGUAGGGAAGCUAACAAGUGUCAGUAAGUCAAAAAGAAAGCGCCUGGAAACAAGAUUUGAAGAUCUAAGAGAACAACUAGAGUUGAUUUGUAAGAAAUUUAGGGAAGAGAUUCAUCAUCGUCUCCAGAAUUUCUCGAGUACCCUUAAAGCACUGGAAGCUUACCAAAUUGAACUUAAGGGAACAGUCAAGAGGCAAAGAACAUCGCACCAGAAGCUUCUCUUGCAACUGCAAGAACAGGUUGAGACCCAACUCAGUGAUGCCCAAAGAAGAAUCACAACCAUCCAUGAGUCGGCGAGGAAAAAGAGGCUCCAGUUGAAACUUUUCAUCGGAGAGUGUUUGAAAGGAGGUAAUUUUUAAAUUGACAUGAUUUUACAUCUGGCAAGCAAUAUGGCCAGAAGAAAUGAACAGGAUGGUCACGUUCUAAGCCUUGGCAUUUCAUAGUUCAGAAAUCUUCCUAUUACCUUAUUAUUAACCCGUCAACAAAACCUGGAAGCACGCUUAUAAAAUUUAGAAAUAGCCAACUUUAUCCAAGUAGCAUGUAAUUCCAAGUUUUCCAUAUCCACUUUUUACUUUGUGUGAUUAUAUUUGGACACUAAACCACCUGUAAAGAAUCUUGAGAUUACUGAUGAAUUAGAUGGCGAGGGAUAAGGGGAAUUUUUGUCCUUUGAAAAUGGUGCUUCUUGUGUAUGAAGCAAGGCUUAGUUAUUGGUGAAUCUUAGUUGUACAUGAGUUAAAGAUACUCCAGGCGUAAAUUGUUAGAGGAAGCUGACAAUGGCUUUACCCGCUGCGGCGCCGCCAACAAGUUUCAAACCUUUUGGAGAGCUGAUGUUACUUCAUCAUGUUGCUGAAGCAAAAUUCGCUGCGAGAUUUUUUAAAGUUUUUCUUUUUGGUGAUUGAAGAUUACAUACUGCUGACGUUGCUGCGAUGUAGACGCAUCAACAUCCAAAGUUUUGGGUUCUUGACUAUUAGGUGCUUUCGUUUUCAAUUUCACUUCAGUGUUUAAUUUCCAAUUAUUAUUAUUAUAUAUAUUCUGGACCUUGUGUAUUUGGUUGGGUGGACUUCCGUUGUCAUUGUGGUGUUCAGUGGUUUCCCCAAUCUCACCGAACUGGAAAGCGGCAAAUACAAUUACAGAAUAGUUUAUCUGCUGGUGUUACUAGGACCGGCUGUGGGGAAUUUGUGGUCAUGUUCCAUCGCCUAGACUUGUAUAGCAAAAAAGUACAGACAGAACAACACAGAGAUCACGUGAACAACACGGGAUCACGUGAAGCACAACCUUUCUUGUUUUAAAUUCUCUCCCUCGGAUAAUGGAUUUGAUAUGAUAUUUGGAGAAUGAGGCAGGUGAAGAUUAAGGGUAAGAUUGUCCCAUCUCAGCUACACCUUAUUAGGUGGGAUCCCGCAAGACAGUAACAUUAGCAUGCUAGGACCCUCACUGCACGUGGGUACUUUUUAUCGUUUUAAAUGUUCACGUCUCUCAUCUUCUCAUGAGAUGAUGAAAAUGACGGUCUAACAUCUCCUCACUUAUUUUCUUAUUUUCUCUUUACAAGAUUAUAUUUAAUUUUAAAUCAUAUU